UAAGCUCUCAAGAGCACGACCCCGUGGCCAAAGAUGGGUCUCACCGACAACGAUAGUGUUGCCCGGAACGAACACAAGAAACCCCCUGCGGCAAAGGCGCGUCGCCAAACGGGGAGCCGGCUGCACAGCAAGCAUUCCCAGGCCAUGAUCGAAUACGCCGAUCGGCUCACGAAGAAAGGACCCGGGGCCGGGAAAACGAAGGCACGCCGCCCAGAACGCAGGACCAGCGGCCGCGCGAAGAUCCAAAAGCACAACCGGGCCCUCCUGCUGGGUUCGGACCUCGCGCUCGGGAUCUACGCCGUCCUCGCCCUCUUCCUGUGGAUCCGGGAACUCUGGGUCCUCAACGGCGUCGGGGUCCUGCUCCUGGCCCAGGCCGGCGACAUUCUGCUGGACUGGUUCUGGCACAUGGCGGGCGGCCACGAGAUCCAGCAGUGCAAGGGCUGGCUGGUCUGGUGGUGGAAGAUCGGCCUCGACUUUGCCACCCGGACGAUCGAGGGACACACCCUCCACCGGGUCCUGGUGGCCAACACGCUCAACUUCUGGAACCUCGUCGGGAAGAACUACACCCUCCACUGGUUCGGGGACAUCCACAAGAAGGGCAGGGCGAGCGUCCUGGACCGGGCCAGGGAACGGCUCGAGCAGUCGUCCGAGAACCACCGGAACUUUGCGGCGGGCCUCCGGGAGAACCUGGAAAAGCGGAGAAACGGCUUUCGGAAGCGGGUGUCCGGGUGAGAAGGAGGGGCUUGGAAGACCGGCGAGUGGUUGCAGGACGCACCGCGCCCCGCGGCCCGAUGCGAAGAAAAGGAACGGAACGGA